AUAAUGUGUCAACACGCAUGCGUACAUUAACCAGGAAGUGCUAGUGUUGACAGAAUAUGAUGCUUCCUCUAUGUCUUGUUGAAAACUAAACAAUAACAGCAGGUUUGACUGCAUCCAGCUUCAGACCCAGCCAUGGUGUGCUGCCACUGCUGCCCCUCCAGCCCCAGGUUCUGCUCUCGCUCGUCGGCCUACACUCUGUCCCUUGGCCUGGGCUUUGUAACCUUGGGGACCAGUCGCAUCUUGCUGCUCAAAUUCUCUGCCAAUGCAGAAAACAAGUAUGACUUCCUGCCUGCCUCCGUCAAUCUACUUGCUGAGGCCCUCAAGCUGCUCUUCUGUCUGGUCAUGUCAGUUCGAGUCAUAGUCCGAGAGGGACGAUCAUGCAGAGAGUUGGGCUGUGGCUCCAGCUCUUCCUUCCUCACCUCACUGAAAUGGUCUGUGCCCGCAUUCCUCUACUUUUUGGACAACCUCAUCAUCUUCUACGUGAUGUCCUACCUGCAGCCCGCCAUGGCGGUGCUGUUCUCCAACUUUGUCAUUCUGACUACAGCAGUUCUCUUUCGAAUUGUCCUGAAGAGGCGCCUGUCUUGGGUUCAAUGGGCAGCAUUGGUUGUUCUCUUCCUGGCCAUCGUUUCCUUGACGACAGGAUCAGGAGGCCACCAAAACUCCGUAGCUAUGCCAGGCAUCCACUCAAACCCCCUCUCCACCCCCUCCAACUCCUGCCUCCUGUACACACAGCUUCUGGAACAGAUGAGGAACAGCAGUGAAUCGUGGGCAUCGUCGCUGCCCGGUGAGGCCUGGAGGGAACGGGUAGUGGAGAAGCUCCGGUCUCUGGGUGUGGGUCACAUCCUGCUUCUUCUCCAGUGCUUCAUCUCUGCCAUGGCCAACAUCUACAACGAAAAGAUUCUCAAAGAAGGAGACCAGCUCACAGAGAGCAUCUUCAUACAGAACAGUAAACUGUACGCGUUUGGCGUGGUGUUUAAUGGUCUGACCCUCGGGUUUAGCAGAGAGGCACGAGGCCUCACCAUGCACUGUGGCCUUCUCCAUGGACACAACAUCUACUCCCUGGGCCUCGUGCUGGUCACUGCUGCUCUGGGUUUAUCCGUGGCCUUCAUCCUAAAAUUUAGAGACAACAUGUUUCAUGUGCUGACAGGCCAGAUCACCACUGUUCUGGUUACCGGCCUGUCCCUCUUCCUCUUUGACUUCCGCCCCUCGCUGGACUUCUUCCUCCAGGCCCCCAUGGUGCUGCUGGCCAUCUUUAUUUACAACGCCAGCCGGCCCAAGGACCCAGAGUACAGCUUGCAGCAGGAAAAGCUGCGGGUCAUCAACGGGGAGGUGUUCGAGAGAUCCAGAGGGGAUGGCGAGGAGCUGGAGCUGCUCACGAAGCCCAACACAGACAGCGAAUCUGAAGAAGAGUCCUUGUAGCACUGACUGAUGUACAGCUCGGACACAAGAUAAGAGGAAUGCUCCAUUUCACUGGUACUCGUUGACGUUGAGGGGACAAAAAAUCUCUGUCAAAGGGAGGGUUGGCAGGACAACACAGUGACAAAGGGAUGGACUAAUGAUGGCUGAGGCUAUUGUGUACAUUUGUGAAACGUGUCUGUCUGUAUGGGACUGCUGCACCAGCAAUGUGUAUAUAAAGGAAAAUACUGCAUUUGGUUUCACUGGCUACGUUUACAUGGACAGUGUUUCUUAAAACCCGAGAUUCAAACUGAAGCUAAUUAAAAUGAUCUGAUCAGAUAUUUACAUGUAGCAAAACGUCCUCUGAAUUGAUGGAAUAGAAGACUUUGACCAAGAUGUCUCCACGUCUCAACAGUGCAGCUUCAUGUUUCUGUCUCCUUCCUUGAAACUCAUCAAAUGGUUUUUACCCCAAGCAUGCUCAGACAGAACUGAUUUAAAGAGAAACCAGCAGAUCAAGUGUUUCCAUAUUAGAUCAGAUUCUACCUGAAUGAAAACUGCUUGGUACUGCUUUGGCAGUACUUAAUGAUUGUAUCAGGCUGAAUAGGCUUUAUUUUUUAUGUUAUUUAAAUGGUGGUGAAGCUGCAGUGUUCAUUUUAAGUUCUUUCCAUAAAGGGAUUUAUGUUUUCCAGAACUGCAACUACUAAUGCCUGAAUUUCUGAAAGCACAACAAACUAGUCCCUGCUUGCCUUACUCUGUCCUGAGCAUUCUCCUUUUAUUUUUGAUUUUUUUUUUUCUUGCUGAACUGUGAACUAUUGUGAAAUAUCGCAUAACAGAGUUGCAAGCUUGCAUGGAUGCUGCUUGUUCUGAAAUUGUAAUGUUGAAUUCUGUCCAAAUAAUACUCCAAUGUAGAUGGCUGCAUUACAACAAAUUCCAGUUCUGUCUGUGUUUAAAUUUAUAUACAUUCAGAAGAAUUUAAAGACUCCUGUCAGAUCUCAGCGUCCUGCUGGAGGUCAUGUUGUGCUGAGCUGUGCCAGUGUUCAUCCGUAGCACAUAGCGGUCCUGCUGUUGGGUUGAGGACCUUCUACGGUCCAGUCCAGCUCACUUAGGGUAGCUUCCGGUCUCCUGGAAUCUCCUAUAUUCUCUUAAGACUAUGCUGGGAGAGACUGCAAUAUGUGGCAUAUUGAUAUGCUAUCCUGGAGGCGUGCAUAUUGAUAUUUAUUUGUGAUGAAAACAGUUCAAUUCAUUAGCUGCACAGCAUGUGUUUAUAAUAAUGGGUAUUAAAGGGAACAUGAGGUUGAGAAGGUGAAAAGCCUUCUUACAUAUUUACAGUGCAUACUUUUUGUUUUUAUUAAUAAAACUGUCUCCACUGUAUUCAUGAAAUAAACAAUAAAUCAGU